AUGGACUUAAAAACCAAAAAAAAGAACGAAAAAGAAAAUUCCCGUGUGCUCGCGAAGCGACGCAACAAUUCCCCCCAGCAUCAAAGGAAGCACUCGGGGCGCGCCCCAGCGCCAGCGCCAGCCCCACCACCGGCCCCUCCUCCUCCUCACCGCCCUCCCCAUUCCCCGCUCCCCUCGCCGUGGUCCCGGGGAAACCCUAGCCGCGCCGCCCCCGCCGCCAUGGACGACGACGCCAUCACGGCGCUCAUGGACAUCGACGACUCCCCCCGCAGCAGCGGCGCCGGCGCCGUCUUCCUCGACGACGACGAGGACGCGGAGGUCCUCCACGGCCACCGCACGGCCCGCGCCAACGAGCCGCGCGGCCCCCUCCCCUUCGCGGGGUUCUACAACUCCUUCGACGGCGCCGACUUCGACGACGCCGACCUUGCCUGAAACGCCCACCGGGUAAUGUGGGGGUGAGGGGUUCGUCUUGGUGAAGUUCGAGAGGCUGAUCUGUCGAUGGGGUGUCUUCUAGUUAGUUCGUCGGUUAGAACUCGUUUGAUACAUCUCGAGAGGCUUUGAGAUCAAUCUAGGUUACCUUUAACUGCUAUGUUCUUCGAUCUCUAUGCCUGCAUGUUCCGUUGGUUGGUUAAGAACAAGUGCCUUUUGGCUUGAUCAAUACCAUCUCUGCGAGUUACUCUGAUUUUUCGUUUUAUCACUGCUUCGAUUCGCAA